AUGGACGUCACCAAGGCCCAGUCGGAGCCUCGGGUCUUCCAGGAUGAGAACCCCCAGAAACAGGUCCCCAUUGUCGAAAAGACCGACUACUCGGGUGCUCAUGAGAAAACUGACCCCAAGGAAAUUGCCCUCGUGAGGAAGCUGGAUAAAUGGAUCAUGCCCAUGCUCUGGAGCAUGUACUGGCUCAAUUACCUUGAUCGAAAUGCCAUUGCUUUGGCCCGUCUCAACGACCUUGAGGAGGAUCUCAAGCUCACAGGCAAUCAGUACCAGACCUGUGUCUCGAUCCUUUUCGUCGGCUACAUUCUUGGACAGAUCCCAUCCAACAUGUUCCUCACCCGCACUCGCCCAAGCCGCUACAUGGGUGCCAUGAUGAUGCUCUGGGCUGUUGUGAGCGCUCUCACGGCUGUGGCCAAGGACUUCAAAGGCCUCCUCCUCACUCGCUUCUUCCUGGGGCUCACAGAAGCGCCCUAUUACCCCGGCGCCGUCUACAUCCUCUCCAUCUUCUACACGCGCAAGGAGGUCGCUACCCGAAUCGCGAUUCUCUACACCGGUAACAUUCUGGCUACUGCUUUCGCCGGCCUCAUCGCUGCCGGCAUCUUCCACGGCAUGGAUAACGUCGCCGGCAUCGCAGGCUGGAAGUGGCUCUUCAUCCUCCAGGGCGCUGUCACAUUUGUCAUCGCCGUUGCCGGCUUUUUCCUGCUGCCCGACUUCCCCUUGACCACUUGGUGGCUCACACAGGACGAGCGGGACCUCGCCUACAACCGAAUGGAGCUCGAUACCGUCGCCAACAAGGGUGAAACCAGCACCAUGCAGGGUCUCAAGCAGGCCGCCAGCGACCCUACGGUGUGGCUCUUCUGCGCUAUGGCCCACAUGCAUCUCGCUGCCAACGGCUUCAAGAACUUUUUUCCUUCCGUUGUCAAGACGCUCGGCUUCAACACCACCAUCACCCUUGUUCUCACUUGCCCGCCUUACCUUGUUGCUGGAGCCAUCACCAUUCUUGUGUCCUGGUCAUCUGGCAAGUUCAACGAGCGAACGUGGCACAUUACCAUUUCCAAGGCCGUAGCUGUCGUCGGCUUUGCCGCUGCAGCAGGCACCUCGAGCACAGCCGGCCGAUAUGCCUCCAUGGUAGUAUUCACCAUCGGCACAUACGGAGUGAACAGCCUGAUUCUUGGCUGGUGCUCCAGUGUUUGCGGUCAGACAAAGGAGAAGAAGGCUGUUGCUAUCAGCAUGGUGACCAUGAUUAUGAACAUCAGCUUCAUCUGGACCCCAUACCUGUGGCCCAAGAGCGAUGAGCCUCGAUAUGUCACGGCCAUGGCUAGCAGCGCUGCCUUUAGUAUCGCUACGGCUGCCUUGGCUUGGGUGGCAAAGAUCAUUAUGCUCAGGCGCAACAAGCAGCUGCGGGCCAGUGAUGACGAGGUCACAAAUUACUACGUGUAUUAA